CUGGAAGUGCAGAAGACGCGCUCGUCUGCCUAGGCUGCCGCGCCCUUGACCUCUAGUUUCAGCUGGGAAUCCGGGUGGAGGAAUAAUUGAGAAUCCCACGGCACUGACUAGCAAUCGAGAGACAAGACUGUGGUCUCCUCCGCGGUCCUUCCGCCCUUUCCCUCGUUCGCUCCAUGCCCAAGAGCUGCGCUCCAGAGCCGUGUAGAGGAGAGACAUGGAAGAAACCAACACUCAUUGCGCCCCACCGCCGCCCGCGGGCUCCCAGACCGGGGUUUCUCAAGCCAACCUCUCCUCCGCUCCCCCCAAUUGCAGCACCGAGGGCUAUAUUUACCAGGACUCCAUCGCCCUGCCCUGGAAAGUACUCCUGAUCCUGGUGCUGGCGCUCUUCACCUUGGCCACCACGCUCUCCAAUGCUUUUGUGAUUGCCACUGUGUACCGGACCCGGAAGCUGCACACCCCAGCCAACUACCUGAUCGCCUCCCUGGCGGUAACCGACCUGCUCGUAUCCAUCCUGGUGAUGCCCAUCAGCACCAUGUACACGGUCACCGGCCGCUGGACGCUGGGCCAGGUGGUCUGCGACUUCUGGCUGUCGUCGGACAUCACCUGUUGCACAGCUUCCAUCCUGCACCUCUGUGUCAUCGCCCUGGACCGCUACUGGGCCAUCACGGACGCUGUGGAGUACUCCGCUAAAAGGACUCCCAAGAGGGCGGCGGUCAUGAUCGCGCUGGUGUGGGUCUUCUCCAUCUCCAUCUCGCUGCCGCCCUUCUUCUGGCGUCAAGCCAAAGCCGAGGAGGAGGUGUCGGACUGCAGGGUGAACACCGACCACAUGCUCUACACAGUUUACUCCACGGUGGGCGCUUUCUACUUCCCCACCCUGCUCCUCAUCGCCCUCUACGGCCGCAUCUAUGUGGAAGCCCGCUCCCGGAUUUUGAAACAGACGCCCAACAGGACCGGCAAGCGCCUGACCCGAGCCCAGCUGAUAACCGACUCCCCCGGGUCCACGUCCUCGGUCACCUCCGUUAACUCCCGGGCUCCUGAUGUGCCCAGCGAAUCCGGGUCCCCUGUGUACGUGAACCAAGUCAAAGUGCGAGUCUCUGACGCCCUGCUAGAGAAGAAGAAGCUCAUGGCCGCUAGGGAGCGCAAAGCCACUAAGACCCUGGGGAUCAUUUUGGGAGCCUUUAUUGUGUGUUGGCUGCCCUUUUUCAUCAUCUCCCUGGUGAUGCCUAUUUGCAAGGAUGCCUGCUGGUUCCACCUGGCCAUCUUUGACUUCUUCACGUGGCUGGGCUAUCUCAACUCCCUUAUCAACCCCAUCAUCUAUACCAUGUCCAAUGAGGACUUCAAACAAGCGUUCCAUAAACUGAUACGCUUUAAGUGCACAGGUUGACUUGUCAGUUGCAGUGGGGUAGCCUAAGCGGCCCUUGGGGACCAUGUUGUGUCUGGUUCCACAGGGCAAGAUUACACAACAAAAGAUGAAAAAUGCAUUAUCUAAAUAAAAAGGAGUAGCCCUGAAGGAUCAUCUGCACAGAAAACAAAAUAUGUAUGUGGAGCAUUUUGUAUGCCAAAGAAGAUUUACACUCCAUUCUUCAGAGAGCUCUCUGCAGUGUGAUACCUUUUGUCUGCAGAAGCAAGUUGUCUUUGUAAAAUGGAUUCCCUCCCUGCUUGAAGCUCCCCAGUCCAGACUCUCAGACAAUAGAUGUAUUGAGCUGAAGUACACUGCUUUCCUACUGUGCAGAUCUUCACUCUGGGGUAAUGACUCUUGAAAAUACACUAUUCAAAAGUUCACACAUAAACUAAGUAAAAAAGGGGAAUUUUGAUCAACAUUUAUACCUGCCGUUGGAGUAAAAUAAAAUUUGAGGCAUUGGAUAAUCCCUAUGUUUCUGUUAUAUCCCCCAGGUUUUUGUUUGUUUGUUUUGUGACAUUUCUCCUAUGGAGAAAUCUAGCUUACUAUUGAUUGGAAUGUGCAUACAGCACAGUAUUUGUGUUUAUGUUAUUAAUAUGUUUGUCUUUUGUCUAUGCAGCUGUGUUUUCUUUGGGCCUAAGAAACAAUUAAGCCAACUUCUAGGAGCCUGAGGGGGAAAAUUAAUUGAAAUAAAUAAAUAAAUUGAAACUUGCAAAUGAGUUCUUUCUAGGGAACCUACAAUGAUUGUGUCCUCAUAUUAACAAAACAUGGUCAAUUUAGUCACAUGGGCUGUUUGCCAUUUGUAGAUUACCCACUUACAGUUUUGCUUCAUUAUUUGGCUGAAUUGACUGAAUUUGGGGCAUAUUGUGUGCAGUAGAAGCUUGCAAACCCUUGUAGUUAUACAAGAUCUAGACUCAUCAUCCAGCAUCGCAUAUGAUAAUGCAAAGUGUAUCAUUCAUCCCAGGGUUAUGUAGUUAACGACUGUUACGCUCCUUCUCAGUUACUGCUGCCUAUAGCAUUGUUUGUUCAUCAACUGGACAUAUGGAUUUUUUGCAGAACAUAAAAUGGGAGAUGGAAAUGUUCAACUUGUAUAGAAAUGAAAAUACGUCUUCAUUGGCUGUGGUAACAAAUAACAUUUGCCAUAUUGUUUAAUUGCACAAAGAUUCACACAAAUAUAUGAAUGUAUACUCAUUCAAAAAUACCAAUGUUGUCUUGUGUUUCUAGCAAUUUUAGAGUUUCCUUUAAAAAAAUGGACAUGGUACCCAUGAAUAAUGGUUAUUGAGUUCAACAAAUUUCCUACAGAACAAUAUUCUUCACUUUUCCUAUUAUCUUAGUUUUAUCUUCUUUAACCAGGAAACCCUGUGAGGACUAUAAUUCAUGCAAGCAGUAAAAUCUCAGAUUAUGUGUAUUUGAUGGAGUUGCUGUAACUAAAAAUUGCCUUUGGUAUUCCACCUUUCAACAAAUGUGUAAUUGGAAAUGAAAUUUCAGAGAAUAAUGAAAUAAAGUCCUUUUCGUGCUCAAAAAA